AUGGCCCUUGAGCUCCUCGUGCCAACAGUUGCCGCUGUCCCAGUAGCCUUGCCUGGCUGCCCGGAGGCCUGCGGCUCCGUCACCGUCCCCUACCCUUUCGGCUUCCGGCCAGGAUGUUUCCACAAGGGCUUCAACCUCACCUGCGACGAGACGCGCCAUCCGCCCAAGCUGUUCCUAAGCGACGACGUGGAAGUGGACGCCAUCUCACUGGCAAACAGCACGGUGCGUGUCCAGAGCAAGAUGGUCAAGAACAUCAACGGCUCGUGGUCCGCCGGCGUAAAGGAUGGCAGCGUACUCGCGAUGUCACCGGAGCACAACUUCUUCGUGGUAAUCGGCUGCGACCUCAUCGCCUCCCUCAUUGACGGUCCUCAGAAUGCCAGCUACGUCAGCGUAAGCGCCACGCGGUGUGACAAUUCGAGUGCGCCAGAUCUAAGUGAUACCUCGUGCUCGGGCGUCGGCUGCUGCCGGACGACCAUCGCCUGGGGUUUGCCCACGUACGAGGUGCAAGUCAAGGAUUUGGACCAGCAGGUGGAUGAUACCACUCCCACAUAUGGGGGCGCGUUCAUUGUCGACCGCGAGUGGUUCAGCGGGACAAACGUAGGCGCCAUGCAAAAUAGCACUUUCGCUCAUACCAAGGUGACCAAGGUACCCACCGUGUUGCAAUGGUGGCUUGAUCUGGAACGCGACUAUGGCUUGGUCGUCUCGGAUUUCUCUUCUCCAUCUGGUUGGAGAUGCAUCAGCCUCAACAGCUUUGCUUUCAUCGUUGCCGUUAGCGCAGGCAGCGGCGCACCACCCUCAUACCCAGUAAGGUGCAACUGCUCGGAUGGAUACGAAGGCAACCCUUAUAUCCUGCAUGGGUGCCAAGAUAUCGACGAGUGCAAGCAACCAGUUCAUCCAUGCAUGCAUGGGCGCUGCAUUAAUAUGCCAGGGACAUACCGAUGCUCCGCGAUCAUCAGUCUCCCAGGUUUAAUUACGGUAAUUUCAAUUACUGUUGGUCUUGCGUUACUCUCUUCACUUCUGGGUGUUGCCAAAAUCAGCAAUAAACUCAAGCAACGGAGAGCUAAGAAGUUGAGACAUAAGUUCUUCAUGAGAAACCAUGGGUUGCUUCUGCAACAGUCAAUCUCUUCAAGCAAAGAUAUAGCCGAAAGAACAAGAAUUUUUUGUUUGGAAGAGCUGGAGCAAUCAACCAACAACUUUGACCAGAACCGCAUCCUUGGCGGCGGUGGCCAUGGAACAGUGUACAAAGGAAUCUUAUCUGAUCAACAUAUUGUGGCCAUCAAGAAGGCUAAAAUUGUCGUUCAAAGGGAAAUCAACCAGUUUAUCAAUGAGGUUGUGAUACUUUCACAGACAAACCAUAGAAAUGUGGUGAAGCUCUUUGGUUGUUGCCUUGAGACAGAAGUUCCUCUACUUGUUUACGAGUUCAUAUCAAAUGGAACUCUCUCGUUUCAUCUCCAUGGCCAAACUGAGAACCCUUUGUCAUGGAAAGAUAGGUUGAGGAUUGCACUUGAAACUGCAAGGGCCAUUGCAUAUCUACACUCCGCUGCUACAAUAUCAGUUUACCAUAGAGAUAUCAAAAGUGCAAAUAUACUACUUACUGAUACCUUGACAUCAAAACUGUCAGAUUUUGGAGCUUCAAGGUCGAUUGAAUUAGAUGAGACGGGAAUACUUACAGCUGUCCAGGGAACCUAUGGCUACCUUGAUCCUGAAUACUACUAUACUGGUCGGCUCACAGAGAAAAGCGAUGUUUAUAGCUUUGGUGUCAUCCUAGCAGAGUUACUAACAAGGGUGACGCCAGUUUUUUCUUCCCAUUCCUCAGAAGGCACGAGCCUAGCAUCACAUGUUGUAUCACUCAUAAGAGACAAUCGAUUCUUAGAUAUUCUAGAUGGACAAAUUGUUGAGGAAGGAGGGACUGAAGAUGCUGAAGUGGUCUCAAGACUCGUGGAAGCAUGCUUAAGUUUGAAAGGUGAAGAAAGGCCUACAAUGAGGCAGGUGGAGACAAUACUUCAAGAUGUGCAAAGCUCAAAGGCCCAUUACAAUGGCCAGACAAUAAGCGUGAACCAGAGUGCUCUAAAAGGCCAGCCAUGGAACAAAAACAAAGGAGGUGAAGGAACUAGAAUAUACAGUAUGGAGAAUGAGUUCAUCCAAUCAUCGGAAAUUCCAAGAUGA